UUUUUUUUUUCUUUUCUUUUAUUACAAAUUACAAAAGUCGUAAACUACAAAAAUGAGUAUUGGUGUGAAAAAAGAAGCGAGUGAUUGCUUGUCGCUCUUUUUCCCUUUUCUUAUUGUUUCUUACUUUUACAUACCACACCAUGCAUAUUUUUUUUUUUAUACCUCUAGAACUAUAUAUGCAUUUUCGCGAAAAUGCCGAUUAUUCUAAUUUGCCAGAUCGGGCAGGCCAAAAAGAAAGGAAAAAAAAAAAAAAAAAAAAAAAAUAAGGGAUUGACGUCAAG